CCGAAGCACAAAUUGGAAUAAAAAACUGCAAAUUGUAACCAUUGGAACAGAACCGUGUGUGUUUUAUUUAAAGGUCCCCUAGACCAUAAUAGGAUUGAUGUUGCAGACCUGAUUUGUUAUCUCUGAGAGAUUUGUAAAUAUUGUAUUUGAAAUUUUGUGAUGAAUUGCUUCUUGUUUCCCAAAAGAAGAAGGUUGAAGGAAAUCAAUAAUCCCAAAACUCAUACACACAUGGAUUAUGUAGAAUCUGCAAUGUUUGCUCGGAAGCCGAUUCAUCUAUACAAGGAAGAGCUGCAAAGAACAAAUCUUGAAUUGGAAUCUUAUAAGGAGAAAAUAAAGGAGAAUCAAGAGAAGAUUAAACUUAACAAGCAGCUGCCUUACUUGGUGGGAAAUGUUGUUGAGAUUUUGGAGAUGAAUCCCGAGGAUGAGGCUGAGGAAGACGGUGCAAAUAUUGAUCUUGACUCACAAAGGAAGGGUAAAUGUGUUGUGUUGAAGACAUCUACUCGUCAGACCAUCUUCCUACCAGUAGUGGGGCUUGUUGACCCUGAUAAGUUGAAACCAGGUGACUUGGUCGGGGUGAAUAAAGACAGUUACUUGAUUCUGGAUACUCUGCCCUCUGAGUAUGAUUCUAGAGUGAAAGCCAUGGAGGUUGAUGAAAAACCAACUGAGGACUACAAUGACAUUGGAGGGCUGGAGAAGCAGAUCCAAGAACUUGUGGAGGCCAUUGUUCUUCCCAUGACGCAUAAAGAGCGAUUUCAAAAAUUAGGCAUUCGUCCACCAAAGGGAGUGCUCUUGUAUGGUCCUCCUGGGACUGGGAAAACUUUAAUGGCUAGGGCCUGUGCAGCACAAACAAAUGCCACUUUCCUGAAGCUGGCAGGGCCACAACUGGUUCAGAUGUUCAUUGGAGAUGGAGCAAAGCUUGUUCGUGAUGCUUUCCAGCUUGCAAAAGAGAAGUCUCCUUGCAUAAUUUUUAUAGAUGAAAUUGACGCAAUUGGCACAAAGCGGUUUGACAGUGAAGUUAGUGGAGACAGAGAGGUGCAGCGAACAAUGUUAGAGUUACUCAAUCAGCUUGAUGGUUUUAGUAGUGAUGAGCGAAUUAAGGUGAUAGCAGCAACAAAUCGUGCUGAUAUACUGGAUCCUGCCCUCAUGCGUUCUGGUAGAUUAGAUCGUAAAAUUGAGUUCCCACAUCCCAGUGAAGAAGCUAGAGCUCGCAUCUUGCAGAUCCACUCAAGGAAGAUGAAUGUGCAUGCUGAUGUCAAUUUUGAAGAACUUGCUCGAUCUACGGAUGACUUCAAUGGAGCUCAGUUGAAGGCUGUUUGUGUAGAGGCAGGCAUGCUAGCUCUUCGCCGUGAUGCAACAGAGGUGAACCAUGAGGAUUUCAAUGAAGGCAUAAUUCAGGUUCAGGCGAAGAAGAAAGCAAGCUUGAAUUACUAUGCUUAGAGGGUAACCUUGUUGAUAAGAGGAGAAAAAAAGCAAAAGCACUCAAAAUGGUUUGUUCACAAAGGGAACAUUAGCAGAGGGGGCCUUUGUCCUGAAAGACAUGUCCAAUCCCUCCUCUCCAGGUGAGGAUCAAGUUCUACUUUCGCAGACAGUUUUAUCAUGUAAUACUUUUGCCUUGGAACAAAUAUUGCUACUCAUCAGAAAUGCUCGAUCUGGCAGCCUUCUUUCUUC